AUGAAGUUUGGAGAGACGUUCACGGAAUAUCUACGUGGAGAAGAGGAGUGGUUCCUAGAAAAAUGUCGUCAUGUUGAAUAUAAGAAACUCAAGAAAGUGCUAAAGAAAUGCAAGACAACAUGUAACACCACAAGAUCUGGUGAUGAACACGUCAACUCAUCGACUACUUUGUCUGAUUCAUGCCAAUGCCAAUCUUGCCCUUGGUGUGACGAAAUGUUCUUUGAAGAGCUGAUGAAGGAAGUUUCUGACAUAGCAGGAUUCUUUAAGUCAAGAGUUAGGCAUCUUCUCCAUAUUCAUGUAGCCACUGGGAUGCAAAGAUACAUGAUGCGUCUACGCAGAUGCUUCACGGACGAAAAACAAGCUUUAGUCGAAGAGGGCCAAAUCUUGAUCCAAUACAUAACAAUGAACGCUAUUGCCAUCCGCAAAAUCCUAAAGAAAUAUGACAAGGUGCAUGGCUCAGACAAUGGUAAGAAUUUCAAGUUGAAAAUGCGAGCAGAGCGUAUAGAGCUCUUGCACUCACCUUGGCUCAUAGAACUUGGAGCCUUUUAUCUUAACUCCGGGCUUGACAAAGUUGGAAACUUUAAGAACUCGUUUGGUCGUGUCUCAUGUGAAAAUCUCAACGAUGAUCAACCAGUGAUGAAGCUCAUGCUGCCUAACACAACUGAGCUCGAGUUUGAUCUAACUUGCGCAAUCUGCCUGGAAACGGUAUUCAAUCCCUACGCUUUAAAAUGUGGUCACAUAUUUUGUAAAGCGUGUGCAUGUUCGGCUGCUUCUGUAAUGAUUUUCCAAGGCGUUAAAGCAGCACCACAAUGUUCCAAAUGUCCCAUAUGUAGAGAGGUUGGAGUUUAUGGGGAAGCAGUUCACAUGAUCGAGCUCCACCUUCUCUUAAAGAUACGAUGCAAAGAGUAUUGGAAGGAGAGGAUAAUGGCGGAACGGUCUGAGAUGGUGAAGCAGUCGAAAAUGUUUUGGAACGAACAGACGAUUCAGAUGAUCGGUUACUAG